AUGUCAAAAAGGAAAUUCACAUAUAACGAAGCAGUUGAAAAACUUAAUUCAUUACAAAGUAAUGCAGCCUUAUUAGAACAGCUCCGUAAAGCAGGACCUCGUGCAAGUGAAAAGAGUUUACCAGAAAUGAAGGAGCACUUUAGACGUAUAGGUUACGAGCCCAAGGAUUUUGACAAGUUGAAUUUAAUACAUGUGACAGGUACAAAAGGCAAAGGUUCAACAAGCGCUUUGACUCAAUCGAUACUUCAUCACUAUGAUUCCAACAUCAAAACCGGUUUAUUUACCUCGCCUCAUCUUGUUGCUGUUCGAGAACGUAUUCGUAUUAAUGGUGAACCUAUUAGUGAAGAGUUAUUUUCUAGAUAUUUUCAAGAUGUUUGGGAAAGAUUAGAAGCUACUAAAGAAGAAGCAAUUAGAGCUUUGAAUUUAUCAGAACAAGAUACACAAGCUUUAUUAAGGAAUAAAAGAGAGCAUCCUGAUAAGCCUGUUUAUUUUAGAUUCUUGACUUUGGUUGCUUUACAUGCCUUUAUACAAGAAAAGGUAGAUUGUGCUAUUUUGGAAGUAGGCAUAGGUGGUGAAUAUGAUUCUACAAAUAUCAUUGAAAAGCCAAUUGUAUGUGGUAUCACUGCUUUAGGUUUAGAUCAUGUCUCUAUAUUGGGGAAUACAAUUGACCAAAUUGCAUGGCAUAAGGCAGGGAUUAUUAAGCCUGGUGUGCCUGUUAUUUCAUUUAAACAAGUUCCUGAAGCUAUGGAAGUAGUAAAGAAAAGAGCUCAAGAAAAGAAUGCACCUUUAACCAUUGUCCAUGCUAAAGAUAUUUGUAAAUUAGACGAUAUAAAACUUGGUUUAGCUGGUAUUCAUCAAAAGUAUAAUGCAUUAACAGCUAUUGAAAUAUGUAAAAUAUGGUUAAAGAAAAUACGUGGUAUUCAAUUUGAUAAUAAUGAGCAAGUUCCUAAAGAAUUUAGACAAGGAUUAGCUAUGGUGAAAUGGCCAGGAAGAUGUCAAGAAUUACCUAUAAAAGAGACUAAAUAUGGUAGCAAUAAUAAUAAUAAUGUAACAUGGUACUUGGAUGGUGCACAUACGAUUGAAAGUCUUCAGGUAUGUGCAGCAUGGUUCAAGGACAUUGCAGAACAUAAUUCAAAAGCAUUACGUAUUUUGGUUUUCAACUGUACUCAUGGUCGUGAUAGUAGUAAAUUAUUAAGGGUUAUCUCUGAAAUUCAACCUCAAGUUCAUUUUGAUCAUGUUGUGUUUACUACUAAUGUUACCUUUAAAGAAGGUUAUACCGCAGAUAAUACCAAUAGAACAGAUUCCAGGGAAGAGAUUACGUCUGUACAGCAAGUAUUGGCUAAAAGUUGGCUUGAGCAAGUACCUGAAUUUUAUAAAGACUGUGUUCAUGUAGUAGAAACGAUUGAAGAUACUGUUCAAUUUGCUAUUAAUAGAUCGAAUAAUUUACCAAAUGAUAAAGAGCAAGUUCAAAUCUUGACAACUGGAAGUCUGAUUAUGGUAGGAAAUAUGUUAACUGUCCUUGGUAUUCAACCACAAUAA